AUGCCCCGGGACGGCGUGGCCUCCCUCAUCCAGCGGGUCGCGCGCCAGGCGCGCCUCACCUUCCAGGCCGGCGCGGGCGGCCGGCGCGGCGAGCCGCCGGGCUUCCCGGAGAACCUGAGCCGGCUGCGGGGCCUGCUGAGCCAGGUGCGCGCCGAGGACCUGAACAUCGCGCCGCGCGGGGCCGCGCCGCAGCCGCGGGCCCCGGGGCUGCCGCCCGUCACCUACAUGCACAUCUGCGAGACCGAGGGCUUCAGCCUCGGCGUGUUCCUGCUCAAGAGCGGCGCGUCCAUCCCGCUGCACGACCACCCCGGCAUGCACGGGCUGCUCAAGGUGCUCUACGGCACGGUGCGCAUCAGCUGCCUGGACGCGCUGGGCGCCGACGCGCCGCGGCCGCGGGCGCCGCCGCCCGGGCAGCGCUUCGAGCCGCCGCUGCGUGCGCGGGAGCUGGAGGCCGUGCGGGCCGGCGUGCUGCGCUCCCGGGCCGAGUACACGGCGGCCAGCGCGCCCUGCGUCCUCUCGCCGCAGCGGGACAACCUGCACCAGAUCGACGCCGUGGGCGGGCCCGCCGCCUUCCUGGACAUCCUGGCGCCGCCCUACGACCCCGCAGACGGCCGCGACUGCCACUACUACCGGGUGCUGGAGCCCCUCGGCGCGCCGCCCCAGGCCGCCGCCGCCGCCGAGCUGCCCCGGGAGGUGUGGCUCCUGGAGACGCCGCAGGCCGACGACUUCUGGUGCGAGGGGGAGCCCUACCCGGGCCCCAAGGUCGCCCCCUGAGGUCGCCGCGCCACCAGGUCGGAUCUCUCGCCCUUGAGGGCCCCCGCCCGUGCCCCGCCCGCCAGGCCGGCACGCGGGGCCCUGUCACUGCCACCAGACCUGGGGGGGCUGAAGCGCCUCCAUCCCAAAGCCAUGGCGAAGAGACUCUUCCUGCCGUUCUGCAUCCUACACAAAAUACACUAAACGAUCCCCCCCGCCCCCCCCCCCCCCCAGGUAAACAGAGUUUGCUUGUCCACUGUCCUCCGCUGGCCAUCUCCUUACUACCAUCUUUAACUUAUUGACCGUGCGUGACUCGGUUGUUCAAGUUGUUCUUGGGUUCCAGCCAUUGGUCGAAAGCUGACUUUCAAAGCUCAACGGUUUGAAUCGAAUUGUCCUGUCCAGUUGCUUUUGAAAAUCAGCUCUUUUUUCUCAACUUGGGAACGCACCCCCAGGAUACAGCUGCUCGUGCAGAGGACGAAAUGUACUUUCGCUGUCUCUCUCGGACCAUCUCUGGUUCAUUGGGCCAGCGUCUGUCUAUUGAGGUACUUCAACACCUGUGUUGCUCAGGUACAGAUGGUCGCUUAUAGCUCCCCACCAACCUCCAAAUGGGAGUUGAGCAGAGCUAGAAACUCACCCUUAAUGCGAAGGAUCUUCCAAGUGACUUUCAUUCUAGUGUAAAAUACAGUUCUCUGUCUUAACCAGAAGAUUCAGAGACGCAGGAUCAGUCUGCUUCCAAACUUUUGAAUGUAACACACCUCUAGCCAGCUGUUGAAUUCCGUUCCCUUUUUCACUCUUGGGAAAAAUACUAUGUUGAUGGCUUGAAAUUCUCUCAGUGACUUCACAUGUUCCAGAGAUUCGAUGCUUCCUUCUGCUUUGCUCAAGGGGCCGGGUUCUCAGAACCCUCAGGAAAAGGAGUCAGAGCCUGCUUGCUCUAGUUUGUCAGAGUGGGAAGGCAGUAUGAUCGGCUUAAGGGGAUUGAGAAUUAACUGUUGCUUGCCAUCCAGUGGCACCCAAACAUGGUACAAAGUCGUUCUCCCAGUUUUUGAGACGUUGUGCUGUGACUGGUUUUAUUAUUACUAUUUUUUUUGCAUCAGCUGAGCAGUUUUUCCUCAUGCACAAAUACAGUGACAUCAUUUGCUUUAAACCAUGGAACCCUGUUGUUUCCCACUUUUUUUACUAUUUACAGGAUUUUGUUGUUCACAUACUAUAAAAAAUUAAACUGUAGAAAUAGACACUACAGUUUUUUCAACUGCUCUCGAGGCCCUCUGGCUUGACUUGCCCCAGUGGCUCUCAAGUUCGAAUAUCUCUAAUAAAGGAAGAUUUGCUAGUAAUAGGAAGUCUUAAACCCUGUCCUGGAAACUGUAUUUACAUUUAAACCUCUUUUACUAUGCACACAGGGCUCCAUCAACCCUGAAAGAAUUUUUUUUCUCCCCAAUUUAAAAAACAAUGUAAAAGCAAAUUCUUGGUGAGUGAUUUUUUAAAACAAACUGAUGCCUAUUCAAGGUUGCAUACCAAUGUGUUGUAAACCUGACACUGGCAUAAUGCCAAGCAUUUCCUCCGGGGUUGCUAAAAUGGUUUUAUAGUAGCCUCACAUUCUGCUGGUUUACUAUGCCUUUGGGGGUAGUUUGAAGCUAUUCUUUACCAGUUAAGUUUAAAAAUAAAUUCUGGAUAUGCAAAUGAUUAUCAUUUGUGAGAAGUUUUCACAGUGUGGGUUCCUCUCCUACUAUAGUUAUGAAUUUAUAUGGUUAGCAAUCAUAUACUUAGCUGUUUUGAAUUGUAGCAAAGUUGAUUAAUUUACAAAGAUUAUUGAUACUGAUGUAUGUGUUCCUAAUAUAAGCUGGAAUAGAUUAGACUUGCAAAGGUUCAUUCUGACAGAAUAAUAAUAAAGGAAGAUAUUUUUUUCCUUAAAUUUUAUUAUGAAAAGUUCCUAAGUACAAGUGAGUUGGUUGAAGAGAGUUAAGGUGCUUUUCACAUAAAACUAUCUGAAAUUUUGCAUGCCAAAAUAGCAAUAUGAGAUCUCUAAUUUAGUUCAAUAAGAACAAUGGAACUUUUAGUUCACU